AUGCGCCCCUACGUCACAACCCUCCUCACCCUCACUCUCACCCUCGCUCUCACCGCCACAUCCACAGCCGACUACACGCUAGCCUGCGGCCACUGGUACCAGCGUCUCAAAUGCUCCAUCGACGGCGCGAUAUGCCAGGGGAGGUGCCCUUGCGGCGGCGGCUGCUCUUGCAGUGGUGCCAAGCGUCCCGUGGCGAGCUUUGGAGACGAGCCCUUCGAUUUUGAUGGUAGCGCCGCCGAUGAACACGACCAGGAGGUUGAUCGCGAUGUCAAGCAGCUUCCUGCCUGCUGCCGUAAAGCCAAGGUCGAACAUUCGGAUAGCUCCGACAGCGAGUAA